UCUCAAACAAGCGCUGGUGAAGCUAUCUUCGUGCUGGCGGCCAAGAAUUUUCUCCCUCUGAGUACCCGAAUGGCUCUCGUCGAAAAGGUUCCAUCGAUGAAGCUUGAGCGAUGCUUUGAGGAUGAUGAAUGCGUGCGAGAUUGCAUCCUUAGCUGGCCCAUACACUGCACAAACCUCAUUUUCUUUGAAGAACGUCAAGACGUUUUUGGUCUUUUUGAAGAUCCACAGGAUAUGCUAGAAAAAGACGGUAGCAACAGAUUGCCACCCUUUAAAGACUAUUUGUACAUUCUUCACCCGGGUAACAAGUGGAAACGGCGAUACUGCGUUCUUCGGAGUUCCGGCCUGUACGCUUCUAAAAAGCGAGGUUCUGGUAUGGGCCCUCGGCUUCUGCACAACUAUCGCCAGCGCCUGGCUGCCUGUGAGAUGAAUCACCAGAGCUCCACUGACCGCAUGGAUGCAGACAAAGCACGAAUUCCAGGAGGAGGCAACUCUGCAACAGUCGUCGAUGAGGUCAGGCAUCCGCACUCGCUAGUGGGUCAACGUGGGAUCACACACCAGCGCUCGGACCGCCGGGCAGUGGAUCGGGCAUGCUCCGUUUCGCGCGUCGCCCACCGACAGGGCGGCCUGGGCUGCAGCCGGGCGUCGCUCGGCCCAUCUGGAGGGCUGGGUGCGAGUGUGGGCGAUCUCGGAUACGUUUCAGGUAAGCUCUCCGUCAACAACUUGGAAGAAGAAGUGAUGUUGGCCGCCCUUCGAGCAUCGGGGAACUUUGUCCUAGUGGUCUGUCAGUUACGAUUUCUAGCACUCAAAGCCUCAAUUCAAGCCACCAUUUCAGCUCUCUCUUCAAUCCACUUCGGUGGUCUCGUCGAAUCGUCAACGGCGCAACAACAGAGCCGGAAACGCAACAAAAAAACACUACACGAAAAGGUCCGGCUGCACGGCGAUGCAACCGAUCCACGGGAAACCUCCAUCGACCACUUUCCAUGUCGCCCUCCUCGUCGGUGUUCUUCCUGUCUCAAGAGCGAGAAGUUGGCUCUCAAACCUCUUCAGCAGAACACCAGCAACGAGAAUUCACGGCGCCAUUACCACAGCCGACUCAUCAAAUACACCAAUUCGCCGUCGUACGGCCUCAACUUUUGCCCCCCCAGUUUUCACCGAUUGUCUUAUAAGAAUUACUUUCUUAUCCUCUCCUCCUACAACAUAAAAAGAAAUUAUGUUGUAAAAGCAAGGUAUUAA